AUGCAUCGCCUGGAACAAUCAGGUCACUGCUGGGACAAGAGUCAGAGAGCUAGAAAUCUGUUUACUAUUUUAAAUGACAAGACAUCUUUCCAGCAGCUCGUGAAUGAUCUUUUUCGGCCUUUUGAGUCACAGGUCGAUCAAAUUAUAGCGCUCCAUGGGGAAGAGACCAUCACUCUUGAUGAACCCAAAUGUACUAAAAUAAUUUUAGCCAAUGAAAAGAAGACAACAGAUGUUGAAGUGGCUACACACCACUUUACGACGGUCAUUGGAGGAGCCAUAGCAGGCAUGAAACAACUCGCAUAUGGAGAAGUUUUAGUAUGGAGAACAAAGAGAAAACGGCUGAGAAAACGAGAGAGAAAUGACACGUCAAUGGAGAAUACGACCAUUCAUACGUCUACAUGCAAAGGUGUCGUGUCAAUUGAGUGUAAAGACAAGGAAUUUAGUGUCAAAGUAUCACACAAUGCAAGUGGAAAGUCAAGAAAAGUGUUGUUAGUUGUGGACUGGAUUAGUGAAGCAGAGAGCAUUUUAGCUGCACAAAAUGUACUAACGAGAUUGGGAUAUGAUGUUGUGGGUGCAACUUUUGUCAUAGCGACAAAUACAACUGUGUUGCAGAGUUUAAAAUCAGCUCAAGUGAUGUUUUGCUGCUUGUGGAAUCCCUCUCAUGGUGUGAAAGUCAAUACGUUAAUGCUUGCACACGGCUCGAGUAAUGGAUCAGCCAGUUGUGCAUGUCAGCAGACUGAAAAUAGUAACGAACAAGGUUUGAAGAAGUGCUCACAAAUUAGACACAAUAACGAGAAUAUGUUUGCUGAAGUGGAUCUUUCAGUUCAAGUGAGUUUGAGCUAUCGCACAGCAGAGUAUCAAGCCAACAAUCCAAGCGAAGACCGUAGCGUGAACAUUGUGAAGGCGGCGGAUGCUGGUCUACAAAUUAACGCGGUAUUUGACGGCCACGGUGGCUCCAGGGCAGUAGAGCAACUCCGCACAUCGCUUUGCCAGCACAUACUUGCGGAAGUUACUUCCACAAACUCCAGCGACGAAGUCUGUGCGAUUGUCAAGAGUGCUUUUCAUCGUUCUGAUGAGGAAUUGAAGCAGUCACUCUUAGCUCUUCCCUCAAAUAUUUACAUGUCAAAGGGCUACUGUAACGCUGGAUCGUGCGUGGUCAUUGCGUUGUUUAUAAAUGCGGUGCUCUAUGUCGCGAAUGUUGGAGACUGUGCUGCUGUACUAGGAAAAGUAAGCAACGAGACUCAAGAACUUCAGGCGAUUGAAGUAUCAGUUGAUCAUUCGUGCAAUAAUCCACACGAAACGAAACUCGUGGUCGAGCGCUCUCACGAUCGCAACGCUAUCAGGAUGAGCAAAGACGAUCAAGCAACUGGAGCAGGCGCCAUUAGUGUUAAACGUGUAGCUGGAAGUCUGGCGAUGACACGCGCGUUUGGUGACUUCUAUCUCAAGUGUCCAGAGCUGAGUUCGACUCCCUUUAAGAGCAAAGUACCGUACAUUACGUCAGAGCCCAGUAUUACUACUGUGUACAUGGAUGGCAGCGAAAAGUACGUUGUAUUGGCAAGCGACGGCUUAUGGGACGUCAUGACACCACAAGAGGCUGUUUAUAUUGUGGACAAGUUUGACCCGGAGCAGUCUUUGUUCUUUACGACUGUCAGUGCUGCUCUUAUUCAUGCUGCUUUGGAAAAGAUUGCGCAUAGAGAUGGAUUAAUGAUGCACGAACUAAUGGCGAUGCCGAAAGGCUCAGUACGGAGACGUUUUCAUGACGACAUGACAUGCACUGUUGUCUACAUCGACCAUCACAACCGCUCGCAGCAGACUGUGGCCAGCCACAAUACAACAGAGAGUCUAGUUACAAGCUAG